AUGAAGAAAGAUUCGUCCGACUCACUCUCGUAUAUAGAUCGCAUUCGCUCUUGGGCUAAAUCCAAAGCGCAUGGCCCCUCUCCACUCUCCAAAAGCUCGAGCCGAACUCCGACUCUCCCCCUAAGCAACUCGACCACUGCUUCGAAUGUGAAUGCCCUCCGAAAUGACACAGUGCCUCCCUUCCCCUCGACCGACGCACAUGGCAUCGCGCACCAGUCUUCAAGACCAACCGCGAACAACGUCGCCGACAAUACAUCGUCCGAUAAUCCGCCACCAGCUCCACCUCCGCAAGCUGAUGGGGAGGGGGCUGUCAUAGAGGAUGAAGCCCCCAAGAAACACAAUGUCGCAAUGCGUUUUUGGCUCACGGGUAAAGCCAUCAUGCUGUCUAGCUAUAUCAAUCUCUUGCUGGUCUUUGUCCCCAUUGGCAUAGCUUCCAAAGCUGCAGGCCUUCAACCGGGAAUCAUAUUUGGUAUGAACGCGGUUGCCAUCAUCCCGUUGGCAGGAUUACUCAGUCAUGCUACCGAAAGCGUGGCCAAGAGGAUGGGCGAUACCAUUGGCGCACUAAUGAACGUUACAUUUGGCAAUGCUGUGGAAUUGAUUAUUUUGUAUGGCAAAUCCCCUGAUGACGCAAGACCUCUGCUAACUUCCCCAGCAUGUAUGUCUCCCAAGAGAGAUCAAGACAAGAAAGAGCGAGAAGCCCUCUUAAAGGCAUUAUCAUAUCAAUCGCGUCAGGGUGAAAUUCGUAUUGUCCAAGCCUCCCUCCUCGGCUCCAUUCUUGCCAAUUUGCUCCUGAUUCUAGGCAUGUGUUUUUUGAUUGGUGGACUUCGUUUCCGUGAGCAGAUCUACAAUAGCACUGUCACGCAAAUGAGUGCAUGUCUACUCAGUCUCAGCGUCAUGAGUCUGCUGUUGCCUACCGCUUUCCAUGCUUCCUUCAGUAGCGACCAGCAAGUCAAAGCAACGAGCUCAGUAUUGAAAGUCAGCCGUGGUACCAGUGUGGUCCUCCUCCUGGUCUAUGGGAUGUACCUUCUCUUCCAACUCAAGUCCCACGCAUACAUGUACGAGUCGACCCCUCAACACAUCAUCGACGAAGAGUCUGCCCCCGGUCCAGUAGCAGCAUGGAUGGAAUCCUCCUCGGACGACAGUUCUUCCAGCUCCAGUUCCGACUCCGACGGAUCCAGCGGUUCGAAUACAACCGCAAAGCGCAUUCGCCGGAUGAUGAAACCUGGACGCCGUCGCCGCAAGUCAAGUUUCGGAUCUAAGGAGACCGCUGAUGUGAUGGACGCAACCCGGACUCCAUCUUUAGGCACCAGUUCCAUCUCUCCCCUGCCAACCGAUCAAUUCACCGAAGAGCCAGCAUACUUCAGUCAUCGUUUUAGUGCUAUUGACGUCGCUGAAGAUGGAGAUGACGAACAUCCUCGCCGUAGCCGCAAGAAUUCUGUCCACACGAUGUCUAAGAAAGAGCGGAAACGCGAACGAAAGCGCCAAGAGAAGAAGAACCGCAAGAAGGCACGCCGUCACGGAGACGAUACAAUCGCUGAGGGAGUUGACACCGCGACAAAUGAAAAGGCCGCCGAAGACUUGGAUGCACCCCGUCGUGUAGACUUCGCAGUCGUGGAGCCUCAAAGCGAACUAGAGAUGCAAAGUGAUGCCUGGAAAAGCAGACACUCCACUCUCAGCAAAAUUACGACGUCCAUCCGUCCUAGGAUCCCAGAGACCUUCUCACAGAACGUCUUCACGCAGCCGACGCCUAACACCGAACAAGCCCCAACCGCUGGACCUAUCCCUCGUGUCCGUUACGGAAUUCGUCGUACAAACUCGCUGCCUGACCGCUUACACCAGACAUUCAGCGCCCCCGCUGGCCAAGGUCAACGAAUACCGCCAGCAGGCGUCUCAUCCAUGGCCGUCACAGCCAACAACGAAAAGCCCGAGGGCGAAGAAGAGAACAUCUCCCGCACCACCGCCAUCUUCCUACUUCUCAUCUCGACCGGCCUUGUCGCCGUCUGUGCCGAGUUCAUGGUCGACAGUAUCAACGCCGUGGUAUCAAGUAACUCGGGUCUCAGCGAAGCAUUCAUCGGCCUCAUCAUCCUCCCCAUCGUCGGCAAUGCCGCCGAGCACGUAACAGCCGUGACCGUCGCCUCGAAAAACAAAAUGGAUCUCGCGAUCGGCGUUGCAGUCGGCUCAUCCAUCCAGAUCGCGCUCUUCGUCACGCCGUUCGUGGUGUUGCUGGGAUGGUGCAUGGGCAAGGAGAUGUCGCUCUACUUUACGCUCUUUGAGACUGUGAGUCUUUUUGUGAGCGCGUUUAUUGUGAACUUCUUGGUGCUGGAUGGGAGGUCAAACUAUCUGGAAGGCGCGCUGCUGUGUGCGGCGUAUGUGAUUAUUGCCGUCGCGGCGUUCUUCUAUCCGGAGGUUAGCGAGCAGAGUAAUCUUGGUGGCAACGCGGAGGCCGCGAAUAAGAUGAUACGUGCGCUGUUUGCGGUGUAG